CUUUUUGUCCACUCCUAUACCAAACCCCAAAUACCGAAUCCAUAUUAGGUAAAGAAAAAAAAAAAAAAUCCAAUCCCACCUUAUCCCCGUCUUCAACUCGGGAGACGCUACCCCAAAAUGUCAAUAACUUGCUCUCUCCAAUCUCUUAAGCUUUCAUCGCCAUUUCUCCAUGGCUCAGCUUCCCUCUCUCUUCUCUCGAAACCAAAUUCUUCUCUCUCUCUCCAAUCUCGGAAAACCCCUACUUUUCCUCCUCCAAUCAGGGCAAUGAAAUUCAUGCAAGGCAAAGUUGUUUGUGCGACAAAUGACAAGACAGUGUCCGUGGAAGUGGUGCGUUUAGCCCCGCAUCCUAAGUACAAGAGGCGUGUCAGGAAGAAGAAGAAGUUCCAGGCUCAUGACCCAGAUAACCAAUUCAAAGUUGGUGACUUUGUCCAGCUUGAAAAGAGCAGGCCUAUUAGCAAGACCAAGAGUUUCAUUGCUGUGCCUGUACCAAGUAGGAAUGGGAAGCGGGAGAAGGCGGAGACAGGGGAGCUUGGGAUUCCAUUGGAGUCUGAACAGCCACAAGAGCAGUAGGCUUAGUGUUAAGCCCUUGGGGCGUGGCCCUUUUGUUUUGAUUCCUUGGUGAGUUUUGCAGUUGGGGAGCUGUUUGUUAGGAUUUGGAAAGCUAUUGUAAGCAAAGAUCCUCCUUCGGUAUCAUUGC